CUACACCCUACAUACCUGCUUCUCUCUCUCUCUCUCUACCAAAGGAAAGGAGCCAUGGCUUUCCCAUCGGGUCACCCUGACUUUGUCUUCCCAAACCUACUCCUCCAAGUGCUCAAACUCUUGGGUUUCAUCCAAAAACUUAUUUCCAUCAUCUUCUUCCCUACAUUUGGUCUCAGCUAUUUCCGCGAACCCGACACAACAAUCCCUUCUGUAUGUACAUCGGAACUCCAUUCUGUAUCCGCAGUCCUGAUCCGAGAACUCUUACCCGUCGUGAAAUUCUCCGACCUUAUCUACCCGCCGGAGAGCUGUUCGGUGUGUUUGCACAAAUUCUGUGGCAGUGAUGAGAUCCGACAGCUGAUAAACUGUAAGCACAUAUUCCAUCGAAGCUGCCUGGACCGUUGGAUGGACCACAAUCAGACGACUUGUCCUCUUUGUAGGACGUCGUUUAUCCCGGACGACAUGCAGGAGGCUUUUAACGAGAGGCUUUGGGCCGCUUCUGAGGUUUCCGACGAGUACAAAUCCAUUAUUGCUCUGUAGGUGGUCUGGUCUAUUCGCAAAGUGGACUGAAGAAGACACCAAAAAUAGAAAAAGUGGUAAAUGGACUGAAAAAGUGGAAUUCAUUAGUCUUUAAAUAUAUCUUUUAUCAGUAAUUGGUUGGUGACAUGACACCACAUGAC